UUUAGAAGUUGGUGAAAAGUCAAAGAUCCCGAAGUUUGUUGAAAGUUUAGAAAUUUAAAAAAAACUAAACAUCUUUAAGCCUCCUAUUUAUUUCAAUGGGAAAAAGAGGAUGUUUUGCUUGACUUUUAUUAAAUCAUAAAUGUAAAAGAUUCCUGAUUGAGAUCAAUGUUCUCUAUUAAAAAUGGCUUUAAAUGAUACGGUUGACGGUUUAAUCAAAAAGAGCAAAAAAGUAGAAAAGGGACAAAACUUUAGAAGUGAGUGAAUGAAGCAGUUUGGAAAUGUUUGCACAGCUCAAGGCAGACGAGCUGAAGUCCUCUUGCAUGGAUGGUGGAGGUGAUGUCCUCCUCAGAGGCUAACGUUAGCCUUCUGGCCAGCAGAUUUCUGUAACCCCCCCCAGCCUGGGCCUCUGGUUGUGAGAACACAUACCUGCUGGCCCCUCAGCUGUAAGAGCCUCUUUGUGGGCAGGCCUUUGUGAGGCUGCCCAUGUAAGCCGAUAGCAGGAAGUCUUGAGCGCCUCCAGGUCCUUCCUCCUGGUUUUCUGUGAAGUCAUCCUCACCUGGAACUCCUCCCCCGCCGCUGACCCGUCUUAUAAAAAGGAUAUCGGUCAGGCGGAGGUGAGAGAUCACCCGCCGAUCCCAGACUGAAACCAGCCUCCUGAGGAGUGAGGAGCACCGGCAGAGGAGUUCAGGAUGUCUAUAGGACUUGAGCUGAUCGGUAUUUCCUUGUGCAUUCUGGGAUGGAUUAUCGCCAUUGUGGCGUGCGCCCUCCCCAUGUGGAGGGUGACGGCCUUCAUCGGCAACAACAUCGUCACGGCACAGAUCAUCUGGGAGGGCAUGUGGAUGACCUGCGUGGUGCAGAGCACGGGCCAGAUGCAGUGUAAGGUCUACGACUCCAUGCUGGCGCUGUCCCAGGACCUCCAGGCUGCACGCGCCCUGACCGUCAUCUCCAUCCUGCUGGCCAUCCUGGCCGUGCUGGUGGCCAUCGCAGGGGCCAAGUGCACCAACUGCAUCGAGGACGAGGCAUCCAAAGCCAAGGUGAUGAUCAUCUCCGGGGUGUUCUUCAUCGUAUCGGGCGUCAUGCAGCUCAUCCCCGUGUCCUGGUCCGCUCACUCCAUCAUCAGAGACUUCUACAACCCUCUGAUCCCCGACGCCCAGCGCAGGGAGCUGGGGGCCGCCCUCUACAUCGGCUGGGCGGCGGCCGCGCUCCUGGUCCUGGGCGGAGGACUUCUCUGCUGCUCCUGUCCGCCGCAGGAGUCCAGGUACAACCCGUCCCGGAUGGCCUACUCCACCCAGAGGUCUGUGGGGGGCCCGGGCCUGGAGAGGAAGGACUACGUGUGAAUGAGGAAGGUCAGAGGAGCAAAGACUGCAUCUGAUCGCCACACGGACUCACGAUCAGAGGGACGAAGGUUUUCGUCUGUCUGACCGGCACCUUUUUAUACCAAACAGCUCCAUGUUGUUUACGACUGAUUUUUGUUAGCGUAGAAAAACUGUCUUCAAUCAUCUGCUGCAGCCAAGAGACGGUAAAAGUGUAUUUAAUGCAGCCUUCAGGUCACUGGAGUCUGCUCUGUUAUGCAGCUGAGUGAUCCCACCUGUAUUAAUGUUUUGUUUCGUUUAUAAUAAAACUUUUUUGUAAGAUAA